AUGUCCGUAAUUUUCCAUUUGUUCUUCCUGACAUCUCUUGCUGCCAAAUCUUUCUCAGGAAUAAAAAGUGCUGACCAAGAUUGGGGCCCUUCUGACCGAGCAGCCGAACAAAGUUAUUUUCUUGAAGAGGAGUUCCAUUAUCUGAACGUUACUCAGAUCAGAAAGUUGGCGAUAUUCGACAUGUUUCAUUGUGCCUUGGCGUGCCUCCGAAAUAAUUUGUGCCUCUCUUUAAACAUAGCCACCUCUCAUGGAACAGACGGAAAACUUUGGUGCGAAUUACUGUCUUCUGAUAAAAACAGAAAUUCUGGGAACUACCACAAAAACACGAGUUCGCAUCAUUUUUUCAUUGUGCGGUCUCCAUGUUCUUCAUCGCCGUGUCAAAACGGAGGAACCUGCAUCCCGAAUUUCAGCUCCAACACUAUUGACUGUCUUUGUAAAGAAAGUUUCGUUGGAGAAUUUUGCGAAAAAAAAGCUGUAAAAUCAUGCAAGGAAAUAUAUGAGGCAAACAAAUCAAACGUGAGUAAAUUGGUUUCUCUUCAUCUGGGCUCACAGCUAACUACAGUUCUAUGUCACAUGGGAGAUUUUGGAUGCGGACAUGGAGGAUGGACGCCAGUCAUGAAAAUUAACGGCAACAAGAGUACCUUUCACUAUGAUUCUGGUUACUGGAGUAAUAAAACUGAAUACAACACUGCUGGAGGGGAGACUGGAUUCGACUCACAAGAGACCAAGUUGCCUACUUACUGGGACACGUCCUUCUCCAAGAUCUGUCUCGGUAUGAAGAUCGGUGAACAGAUCAGAUUCAUUGUAAUCAAUACGAAGGCCAGCUCUCUUUACUCAUUGAUCGCUGACGGAAAAUACCGAAACACCUCGUUGGGUCGUGACUCGUGGAAGACACUUAUUGGCUCAGAGGCUUCCCUGCAGUCUGACUGUAACAAGGAAGGGUUUAAUGUUCUGUGUGGCAAGCCUCAUCACUCCAAAGCGAGAAUCGGUAUCGCUACUAACAAUCAGGAUAACUGCCUCUCUUGCAACUCCAGGAUUGGGUUUGGUACAGGAGGGCACGUUGAUGACAAUAACACAUGUGGAAACGAGGCUUCUCAUGCUCCGGAUAAUGGAGAUAAACACAUUAAAGCCAGAGGUUACAUUUUGCAUAAUGCACCUCGUGGCCUGAAGCAGACAGACAGUACGCAGUCGAACGUCGCCAUCCACAUUCGAAGUGACCACAUCGUGAAACAAACGACACUAAUAGUCUCUUAUGAUGAAAAGAUUAUUUAUUACGAUGACAAACUACAAUUUUUCAAACUACCGAUUUUCUACACUUUAACAAAAAUCCACAAACCUUUGCCAGUGGGUAGACCGAUUAUAUCGGGCUGCGAAGGACCAACUGAAAGGAUAUCAUCCUUUGUGGAUCAUUUAUUACAGCCUAUUGCUCAAAAGCAAAAAUCGUGUCUCAAAGAUACGAAUGAUUUCAUCAACUUUAUAGAGAAAACGCAAGUGUCAAAUGAUACUAUUUUAGUAUCAAUGGAUGUAACAAGCUUGUACACAAACAUCCCACAAGAAGAGGGAAUCACAGUAGUAUGCCAAGCAUACGAAAAAUACCACAAUAACAGCCCUCCCAUUCCGUCCCACUACUUAAAACAAAUGCUCGGGCUUAUACUGAAUGAAAAUUCGUUCCAGUUCAACGGAGUAAACUAUCUCCAAUGUUUUGGAACUGCCAUGGGAACACGAAUGGCGGUUGCUUUCGCCAAUCUCUUUAUGGCAGAAAUUGAAACAAAACUGUUUCACCAAAGCAGUAUCAAGCCGAGAGUAUGGAAGCGUUACAUUGACGACGUUUUCUCCCUGUGGGAUGUUCGUAAACAAGACAUUGAUCUAUUCAUAGAACAAGCUAACACGUUCCAUCCAACUAUAAAGUUCACGGCUGAAAUCUCAGAGACUGAAAUCACAUUCUUAGACACGGUUGUCUACAAAG